ACUGGGAUGUCCAAACCCUGUGGGUUCUUCUGUGUUGGAACUGUUGCCAUGGAGACCUCCUGAGAUGCUGCAUUUACCGCCGGCCUCCAAUUUAACUUCCAGAUAGAGGCCAUCUCUGGAUCCCACACCCUAUGGGCCCACCGGCUGGUUUUUCUGGUUUGCUCCUCCAGGGCCAUGUGCAUAUUUCUCCAAAGAACCUUCCAGAAGCUGUAGAGCCUGUUUGCAGAAGGUAGUCGGGAGGCCCGCAGUUGUUUCCUGAAAUCUGGGGUUGGAAAUGGCCACACAGGACAGGUCAAGCCAGAAGCUGCCUCAGGCGGCCAAGCCGGCUGCGGAGGGGGAACCGCACCUGCCCAUGGGCCGGGAGCUGACCGAGGCCCACCGCUUCGCCUACGCCGCCCUGUGCGGGGUCUCCCUGGCCCAGCUGUUCCCAGAACCUGAGCAGAGACCCUUCUGCACGGAGUUCGUGGCUGGCCUGGUGAAGUGGCUGGAUUUGUCAGAAGCCGUCUUGCCAACCAUGACUGCUUUUGCCAGUGGCCUGGGAGGCGAAGGAGCAGACAUGUUUGCUCAGAUUUUAUUGAAGGACCCCAUCUUGAAGGACGACCCCCUGAUGAUCACUCAGGACCUUCUGAGCUUCUCACUCAAGGAUGGACGCUAUGAUGCGCGGGCACGAGUCCUCGUUUGCCACGUGACCUCCCUCCUCCGAGUGCCCUUGGAGGAGCUGGAUCUCCUGGAAGAGACAUUCCUUGAGAGCCUGAAGGAAAGCAAAGAGGAGGAAUCUGAAACGGCCGAGGCAUCCCGGAAGAAGAAAGAGAACCGGAGAAAGUGGAAGCGUUAUCUCCUGAUAGGUCUGGCAACGGUUGGAGGCGGGACAGUGAUCGGUGUGACUGGGGGUCUAGCUGCCCCUCUUGUUGCCGCCGGAGCCGCGACAAUCAUUGGCAGUGCUGGGGCGGCAGCUCUGGGCUCAGUGGCCGGCAUAGCUGUCAUGACCUCGCUGUUCGGUGCCGCUGGAGCCGGCCUGACAGGGUACAAGAUGAAGAAGCGUGUCGGGGCCAUUGAAGAGUUCACAUUUCUGCCCCUAUCCGAAGGCAGGCAGCUGCACAUCACCAUCGCCAUCACCGGGUGGCUGGCGUCCGGCAAAUACCGCACCUUCAGCGCCCCAUGGGCUGCCCUGGCCCGCAGCCGCGAGCAGUACUGCCUGGCCUGGGAAGCCAAGUACCUGAUGGAGCUUGGCAACGCCCUGGAGACCAUCCUCAGUGGUCUUGCCAACAUGGUGGCCCAGGAGGCCCUAAAGUACACGGUGUUGUCUGGCAUUGUGGCUGCCCUGACGUGGCCAGCCUCCCUCCUCUCGGUCGCCAAUGUCAUCGACAAUCCCUGGGGCGUGUGUCUGCAUCGAUCAGCAGAGGUUGGCAAGCACCUGGCCCACAUCCUGCUCUCCCGACAGCAGGGCCGGCGGCCUGUCACCUUGAUCGGCUUCAGCCUGGGAGCCAGAGUCAUCUACUUCUGUCUGCAAGAGAUGGCGCAGGAGAAAGGAUCCACUCCAGCAGCCAGAGUUGGCUCUUUCCUAACUCAGGUUUCCCCUCCUGGACUGUUCUGUUCUGGGAACAAUACCAGAUUCUCCCUUGGAUUGCCAAGGGAUCAUCGAGGACGUCGUCCUGCUGGGGGCACCCGUGGAAGGAGAAGCCAAGCACUGGGAGCCUUUCCGGAAGGUGGUGUCUGGAAGGAUCAUCAAUGGCUACUGCAGGUCGAGAAUUGCACAGGGAGGCGAGAAGGACCAUGAGACGCUAACAACAGUGGCCAUCCUUAUGGAAUGGACAGGGAUUGGAAGUAAGGCAUAAAAGAGCUGAUUUGACUGUUUAAGGUAAGGGCAGUUUAAAAAACAAGCAAAGAAGAAGAAUGGACACAACUUUGAUGUCAGACAGUCCUCGGUUAAAAUCUUGACUCCACCAUUGACCUCUUGGGUGGCUUUGGACUAACAAAUCUGAAUCUCAGUAUUCUUACCUAUAAAAUGGGAAUAGUGGGGCAGGGGGGCGGUUAUAGCUCAGUGGUAGAGUGCAUGCUUAGCAUGCAUGAGGUCCUGGCUUCAAUCCCCAGUACCUCCAUUAAAAAUAAUAAUGAUAAAUAAAUAAAUAAACUGAAUUACCUGCCCCUCCCAAAAAAAUUUUUUUAAAUAAAUUUAAAAAUAAAAUACAAUGGAAUAACAGUCCCUCCUUCACAGAGUUUCUGGGAAGAUAAAAUGAGAUGAGGUAGGAUGAGGGCUGGCACUUUAAGGUGCCCAAUAAGCAGUAGCCAUUCUAAUUAUUUCACUGGGCAUAUUCACAGCACAUGAUUUUUUGGUGCUUUCAUACACAGCAAAGGGAAAGAAUUAAAAUUGCAUGAGUACCAUAUGAAAAGAACAAAAUCUUAUUAAACCCAUCUAUUCUGUUGAGAAUCUGAGGCCAAUAAGGUUUUCCAUUAUUUUGUGAGAUCCUGGACCAUCUCUCUGGAGGAAAAAAGGGGGGAGGGGGAGGGGAGGGAGAGAGGAAGGAGAGACGAGGGAAGUCUUGACCAGACCAAAACAUUAACUGCAGUUGCCUGAUGAAAUUUAGCACCUGCCAGGAAUUCAUAUUCUUGGCCCCCAAAGGUAUUUUGGCUGCCGUGAACCUACUUAAAUAUGGGGAGUGGAGUGAGGGGGCAGGGGAAGCCUCAGGCCAAUGCCACCAGACUGUGCACAUUUAUAAACGUAUAAUGGACAUUAGCAAACUCCCUGCAAGUCCGUUCACUUCCUGGGCUCUCACGAACCCCCUGGAAGCAGCCGGAGUGAGCGGGACUGCUCUCCAUCGCACUGUGCAGAGAUGGCUGCUCAGAGAGGGUCAGGGACCUCGCCAAGGUCACUCAGCAGAGCUGGGAUGUGAACUCAGUGAGAGGGUUUCAUUCUGAGCCCCCGGGGGACUCCUUGCGCCAUCUCUACUCCAGGACCAUUGGGGAGGGGAUGAUGGUAGAAGGAGCAGGGAGGACUCUGGGCCUGUGAGGAGCCAAGGCACACCCUUCAGCGGGCCAGCGUUCAGCUGUGCGAUUCAUGCACCGGCUUGACACGGAGGGCCAUUGAGGCCCGGCUUGCUGGGCACCACCCCCCGGGAGUUCCUGAUUCCGCUCAGGAUACAGGAUACAGGAUAAAGGCCCAGUCCUGCCUUCUACAAGCUCUCAGCCUAGAAAAGGAGAAGACUCAGGAAGGGGCACACAGAGGACAUGUGACAGACGUCACCAAAGGAGCACAGAGCCGGCAUGAGGGGCAAGGGAUUCAUACUAUCGGGAGGAGGGGCCUAGGGGCACCCCCUGAGGGGUGGCCAAGAGCAGGGAGGACUGCCGUGUGGGUGGCACAGCUGGUCCCCCCAGCUCACAGAUGGGGGCCCCAGACCCAGAGUUCCACCUGGAGGAGCCUGGCAGCCCCAGCUCCCCAUGGCCCUCCCCCCAGAGCAGAAGCCCUACUGCCUUUCCUUCAAUUCCCAGGGACCCCUGGACCAGCCUCCACCCCCUAGAGACUGGAAGCCCCUCCCCAGCCAAGAGCAGUUCUCCCAGCGAUGGGCUGACCUCAUCCAGUUUCCACAUUCAUUCACUCAACAGAUACUCAUCAUUUGCU